CUCGGACCUGCCCCGCCGGAUGCCCAUCAUUUCCACGGUGAGCGCCAGUACAGGCUGACACCCGGUCAGCCCGGUUAGCUUGUGGAUCAAUGACAGCUUAGAGCCCUGCCAUGUAAUGUACCAGGACGCGCACUCCUUGAUUCGCUGGUGGCGCAAGCUUGGCUCGGUCUUCCAAGCUCCACUGCCGAGCCCACAACUUCGCCGACGGCCCGGUGAUGUUUUGCCCACAGGCAUUGCCAGAAAACUUUGCCUAGUUGGGGGGGGGGGGGGAGGAGAAGGUGGAGAGCAGGCAGGCCAGGCUGUUAAAGAGCGCGCAGGGCUCAAUGAGAUCGACUCGGUCGAGUGUGUCGAAGGCAUCAAGCUAGCUGGGAUUGUGACCUGCGUGACCCUGGCGUGCUUCCUGAUGCUCAUGGACACCAUGGUCGUCAGCAACGGCGAUUAUGCUUCGGCCUCUGGUAAUUUUGAACUAUGGACGCCAGGGGCUGUAGUGGUUUCGGGGUGGUAAGGAAGGGGAGCAGAGAAAGAGCGAGAUGAUCGCUGCAUCAGGUCAUACCGCGCACCACAGAUGAGUUCAACUCGCUCCAAGAUAGAGGAUGAUACGCCAGUGUAUACCAAUUUGGGAGCGUAGGUAUCCGGCACCGCUGGCCCUGGGCUUCAUCGCACUAUCUCGGGCUGCACGCCCUGAGAGAAGUGUCCAGGUAAAAGAUAGCAACGCGUCUUGCAACAAGUCCUGACAUACUGACUUUCCAUAGCAAUCAUUAGC